AUGACUACCAGAAGAAUACCUACUCAGUGCGUUGUAUGUAAAAAGAACUUUGAGGGUACUCGAGGAUUGAACAUGCACCGAUCUAAAAGUGCUUCAUGUCAACAAGUCUACGAUGAGUAUGAUGAAGAAGACGAAGAAGAAGAAGAGGAGGAGGAAGAAGAAGAAGAUAUCAUGCAAGAUCCUUUUCCUCGUAUCUUUAAAACUGGAUCCAUGGCAACACCCAAUAUGAGACGAACCCGAUUAUUCAAGGUAUGCGAGUUUAUUUUCUCGGCGUUUGAGAUGACUGUUACUGCAAUCAUAUUCAUGUCGAUCUUGAUGAAUUAUUUGAAGGAAGUACCUACCUUUUGCUACUAUCUUUUUUUAAUCUAUUUGGUUUGUCAUCAUGGUCAGUUUCUGUUUGAUUGUUUCUUGGCUGGCUAUACGGUUGUUAUUCAUGCUAAACGCCGCGUUUUUGGCUAG